AUGGUCGUAUACACUGUAUUUUGGCCAUAUGCGCGGACCACCGAGCAACUUAGCGGAGUAGUGUUUACAAAGCUGGGAGUCAACCUAAUCGACUGCGCCCAAAUCAGUUAUUCUUUGGAGGUCGCUAACAAGAACCCUAUGUUGCUUUUCCUGAUUGCCAGUAAACUCCUUAUGAUGUCAUCUCAUAUUGGCAUCAUAACCUAUUCGGCGAUAAAGAUCAAAAACGCACUAAAAUCACCGAUAUUAAACCGCGUGCCCCAUUUUGCUUCUGUAUGCACCUUGUAUGGCUACGAUAAUCUUUAUGCUUAUCGACAUAGAAAUGUCGAGCGGAACUGCAUACUUGAAUACCGGAGUUACACACUAAAUGCACUAUGUUUGCACAAAACUUCAAACUUCACUCUCUUUUCCAAGAGAAGGUGUAGACGUCCAGUAGUGAUGCACCGGAUGCAGUAUUAG